AUUUGCUUUUGGGAAUUGAACACUGAUUAGCAGUCCUAGAAAACUAGAAUGGAGCUGAUUGUUCUCAUAAAAUGGGAGAAGUGAAAUAGAAAUAGAUUUCAGAGUUUUAAAUGCAUUAGUAAUGGUUUCUCGUGCCUGACUGACUCUGUUGCCAAUCCAAGAGCUAAAUCAUAGGUUUGGUCUUUCUCAGAAAACCGUGAAAAGAAACUGAAAAAUUACUUGGCAAAUCAUGCAAAAAAAUGUGAUUUGUUUUGAAAUGAAUUCCUGAUCGAGAUUACUAGCCUAAUUACUGUUUUUGUGCCAGGGGUGGAACUUGAACAUAUAAGAGGUCUUCAAAACAUUCACAGAAAAUGUGUAUUAUGAAAAACUAUGCAUGUGUUUCAAAUUAUUCUGUGCCAAAAUGUUUGUCUCCUAAAAUAUUUGCACAUUUAUUUAUUAUUUGAAUGAUAAAGAAAGAAAGAGAAAGAUCUUCCAUCACUCUGCAAUCACCAGCAACAGCUGCAGUUGAAGCUAGAAGCUGAGAACAGAAUCUGGGUGUCCCACGUGGAUGGUACAAUACUUGGGCUAUCACCUGCCACCUAGGCAGAAUGAAGCCCGGAAAUACAUUCGCAAUUCGCGGAUGAUUGAUAUCCAGACCAAGAUGGCUGGGCGGGCCUUGGAGCUCCUUUAUCUGCCUGAGGGUCAGCCCUGUUUUCUGUUGGACAUUGGCUGCGGUUCUGGGCUGAGUGGCGAUUACCUCUCAAAUGAGGGGCACUACUGGGAGGGCAUCGACAUCAACCCUGCCAUGCUUGAUGCUGCCUUGGACCGAGAAACGCAGGGAGACCUGUUUCUGGGGGACAUGGGCCAGGGCAUCCCCUUCAAGUCAGGCUCCUUUGAUGGCUGCAUCAGCAUCUCUGCCGUCCAGUGGCUGUGCAAUUCUAACAAGUCCGACGUCCCGGCCAAGCGCCUCUUGUGCUUCUUUUCUUCUCUCUACUCCGUGCUUGUGCGUGGAGCCCGGGCUGCCCUGCAGCUGUACCCUGAGAACUCAGAGCAGCAGGAGCUGAUCACGACACAGGCCACGAGGGCCGGCUUCACUGGCGGUGUGGUGGUGGACUACCCCAACAGUACCAAAACCAAGAAGUUCUACCUCUGUGUGUUUUCUGGGCCCGUGACGGUUCUGCCAAAGGGCCUGAGUGAAAAUCCCGAUGAAGACGAAGCCAGUGAAUCCCAGUUCACCAACGCGAGGGUCCCCUUCAGGCUCGAGAGGCGGUCACUGGUGAGGAAGAGCCGAGCGUGGGCGCAGGCGGCAGGGCAAGGAGGUCAGACCUGACACACGGUACACCGGCCGCAAGUGCAAGCCCCGCUUCUGAGCAGCCGCCGCCAGCAGAGGCAUGGCUCUGGGGGGCCUCAGCCCCGGGCUGGACCACGUGGCCCCGGCAGGUUCCCUGUAUCGAAGUGCGGACUUCACUAGUUGACAAAGCAGUUAUUUUAGAAAACUUC